AAUAUUUUAAUAUUCCUCGUGGAUCACGAAAUUAUAGAUUACUAUUAUUUAGAUAUUAGAAUUGUGUUAAUUGAUUAAAUAAUGGCCUAUAUGCCCCGAUCUAACUAUGAGAUAAAUAUCUUGGUAUUAAUUAGAUUAUCUUUUGGUAAAAUAUCCUGGCGCCUAAUUCGAAGAGGUCAAUAAAUUCACAUGGAUGGAUCACCGUCUACUCUCUCUCUGAAGUAACUCAUAAGACUGGUAAAAACCAAAGAACGAUGGCUCAAAAGGUGGAAGCACAAGGAGGGAAAGGAGGCAACCAAUGGGACGAUGGAUCCGUACAUGACGCUGUGACCAAGAUUCAGGUCGGAGCAGGUGGACUCGGCAUUCAAUACGUUCAGUUCGACUAUGUCAAGAACGGACAAACUGAAGAAGCUCCUCUUCGCGGCAUCAAAGGCCGUAGUAUCGCAGCUGAUCCGUUUGUGAUCAACCAUCCAGAGGAACACUUGGUUUCUGUAGAAGGUUGGUAUAACCCUGAAGGUGUUAUUCAAGGGCUUAAGUUCAAAUCGAACAAGAAAACUUCUGAUGUCAUUGGAUACGACGAUGGUACUCAAUUCACUCUCCAAGUUCAAGACAAGAAGAUCACUGGCUUUCAUGGGUUUGCUGGAGACAAUCUUAAUUCUCUUGGGGCUUACUUUGCUCCGUUGACUACUUCAGCCCCGUUGAUCCCUGCCAAGAAGCUUCCAGCACUUGGUAGUGAUGAAGGAACUGCAUGGGACGAUGGUGCUUAUAAUGGUGUUAAGAAGGUGCAUAUAGGUCAAGGACUCGAUGGUGUGGCAGCGGUUAAGUUUGAGUAUGUCAAUGGUUCUCAAAUUGUUGUUGGAGAUGAACGUGGAAAGACGACUCUACUCGGCUUCGAAGAGUUCGACAUUGAUUAUCCAAGUGAAUACAUCACGGCUGUGGAUGGCACCUACGAUAAAAUAUUUGGAAGUGACUCUGCGGUCAUUACCAUGCUUAGGUUCAAGACUAAUAAGCAAACAUCCAAUCCCUUUGGUCUUGAAGCUGGCGUAGCCUUUGAACUUAAAGAGGAAGGCCACAAGAUUGUCGGAUUCCAUGGAAAAGUCAGUGAUAUUCUUCAUCAAAUUGGAGUCCAUGUCCUCCCCAUCACCAACUGAUCAUGACAUCUUUCUCUUUGAUUCCAUCUAAUAAGUUAUCAGACCUGUCUUCUGAAUUUGUCACUUGAAGUUUAUUUAUGUCUCUAGUGACCUUUGAAUAAGCUGUUCUACUUAUCAUGUUUCUUUUACAAACUGCUCAAGUGUUUUAAGCGUUGUCUCUCAUGAAUGUUGAUGUUUUUGUAUCUUCGAUGGGUUUGUGAUCCAAAUUCCUAAAAUUGAAAAUAGAGCUGGCCCUUAGGCUAAGCCAAUGAAGCAUUUGCUUGCGGUC